GCUGUUUUCUCUUCCCUAUAUCGACGGCGACACCACGUCCGACCCCAUCGCCUCCACCUUUCCAAAAACGAGUCCUCUAAAGGUCCAAUAGACAUAACGGUAAGCUUUUUUUCCUAGUGUGGUGGGGCACCGUACUACAUUGGAAGUGUAUUCAUAUGCCAGCGGUGUAAACCGCAGCGUUGUACUGGUGCAUUCUCACGCAGGUGGUGUCCGCCGCAAUGAUUCCACAGUGGCUCGCAAUUCUUGCGAGUCUGUUUUCGAGUCCCGCUGACGGUCGGGAAACUGCGCCGGACAGAAACGCUGGUGCCGCACCCCGUGCCGUCCCAGAUGCAGAGAGGAGAGCCGCUGUGGCGGCAGCGUCUCCGGAGUCACAGCGUCUCAACUACACAGAAGCCAAAAACGAAGCGCCUUCACCGAAGCUCUUGCUGGUACCAAAGUCGCAUGCUACCGCGCGGGCGAACGGCAAAGCCGCUCUUCCGUCUCCGUCAUCCGCCACACAGCCGCCUGCCACCGCACAGCCGCACAGCAAAGCGCCUUCACCGAAGCUCUUGCUGGUACCAAAGUCGCAUGCUACCGCGCGGGCGAGCAACAAAGCGCCUCCACCAGUUCCGUCUUCGGAGCCCAAGCCGCCCGCUACCGCACGGAAGCAGAAGGUCUACUUUCGACCGGCUGACACAUUUCUGUCAAGCAUUGUCUGUGGCACGGAUUUGAUCUCUCUGCAUCAUCCGAGGAUCGAUGACUUCAUUGGCCCUCGCGGCACUCUCCCGCAGCUGCCGGCGAUCCCUGACAUCUUCGUGUCGAGCGCCGAUGUCGGAUCAGGCAGUCCAAAUAGGUGCGAUAACACCCAUAAGGACAAGAUGGACGACAUCGGCAUACACAGCACUGAACAUGUAUCAAAACUGGCCUAUGUAGGUUGCUUUGCACCUCACCUCGGCGUAGAGCUGCGUUGCGAAAUCACCAGAAGUUUUUUCGAACUGGUGGCUGCGAGCGGUGAGGGUGGCUUCUCGGUUGAAGAGGCAGUGCGCGAAUCGGUCCGCCAGCCAAAACGGCGGCGUAAGAAACCGGGCUGUGGGCCGCAGCUUAUGGAAGAGGCGUGGCGCGUGAACACACCUUUGAAUCCCGAGGUAUUACGUUUGUGUGUGCAGGCGAGGGUGGCGCAGCCCGUGCAACGAUGGGGGUUGCAAGGGUCUACUGCGCCGAACUCGCAAUACAUUUCCAUUGCUGCGCUGACUCGCCCCCGACCAGACUCAGAAGAAGGAAUAAAGGGAUGCGGUACCGUCGACCUCGUGGCCUCUCCCGUAUGAGGGGAGCCUCCUUGUGGACGCGGACGUCGAGCGGGCGACGUACGAGGGCAUCACAUCCGUGUUGUACAAGGGCGACAUCGUGGUGGUGCUUGUCCCGCUCAGUUCCUUUGCCAGCGAAUGGCGUCAGCACUGCGUCACGCACACACAGAAUCCUGCGUCUACUGACGAUUUUGAAGCGGAGGUGCAGGAGGUGGUGAGGAAGCUGCCCGCGGAGUGGCGGAAACUUGGGUGCGUGCCGCAGCUGGCGCUCGUCGAGGGCGUCUUCUUGAGAGAGAAUGUGGCAAAGUUAUCGCUGUAUCCGCCCAUUUUGCCACGCGGCUACCACGGCAUGUCUCUGCAGUCCUUCCCCCGCUCCGCCAUCGCACUGGAGGGGGAUACAUUCUACGUGAAGAAGAUGUCGCGGAUUAGGGGAGCGCAGAUGGAGCUGGAUGCGGUGAAGGGGAUCCACCAAACACGAUUUGCCGACACCUUAUUCGACCCGCGACGCUCGGCAGAGAGCAGCGCCGCCUAUGUGCGGAGUGUGCAACAUGCUUCGCCCAACGCCGUACCCGUUCUCUUUGGGAGUUACAUGAACCAGUGGCAGCUGAGCGCCGUGAGGGGUGUGCUGCUCGCUGCCCACCCUCCACUGGCCGCGAGGAUGGACGCGGUUCGUGUGCCGAGCAUAGUGUUGGUGGAGGGACCGCCUGGCACCGGCAAGACGCAGACCAUCGCCAUCUCUAUCCUCAACUCACUGCACAACAGCCGCUGUAGAGGAAUGGGUGUCGGAAAAGUACUGGUGUGCACCCCGUCCAACUUCGCCGUAGAUGAGGUACUGCUGCGUCUGCACAAGCUUCUGAGCGACACCGACAGCAACGACCUGAAUGAGUUGUCGCGAGCGACGAUUCAAGGGUGGGAGUUGCUUCGAAUUGGUCUGAGGCACAAGGUCGAUUGGGCGGUGCUACAACUCCGCCCAUGCGUCUUCCUCGAUGAUCGAGUGUGCGCAAAAAUGGAGAAAAUGGGAAUACCGCGCGAGAAGCAGUCACAGUACUGGCGGCUGCGGAAGAAAAUAGAACGUGAACUGGUGAGAGACGCCGCUGUCGUUUUCACGACGUUGGGUUCGCUGCACCGCGUAAAGAAGAUCAACCCGUGGGUCACCUUCGACGCCGUCAUUGUCGAUGAGGCCUCACAGUGCACGGAGCCGGCGGUGCUGCAGGCUCUGCGGGUGGCAGGUGAGCACAGCGCCGUUGUGUUGGUCGGCGACUCGAAGCAGCUGCAGCCCACCAUCCUCUCCAGGGAAGCGAGUCGGUGCGGCCUGCGCCGCAGUCUGCUGAUGCGCAUGCUGGCCUGCGGGCACAAGUCCUUCCUGCUGCGCACGCAGUACCGCAUGCACCCCGACAUCUGCGCCUUCCCAAAUGCGUACUUCUACGACUCGAAGCUGGAGACGCACAGCAGCGUACACCUGCGUGCUCGCGGCAGCGACAACGAAGCCCCCGGCUUGAUGAGCGACGACACGGCGUCCGCAGUGGCCCCAGCGCACGAUCCGGCCAACUUGACCAUCGCGCAGCGCCUCGGCCGGUGUCCGCGCUUCAUCGUGAGAGACAUCACGCAGGGUGAAAUGGAAGUGAACGAAUGCCGCUCUUUGUUUAACAUGAAAGAGGCGGUUGCCGUGGUGCAGUGCAUGCGACAGUUGCGCAUCUUUCUGCAUCUCUCUGAGAGAGACAUGGCGCCGCAGCUCGGCAUCAUCACCUUCUACAAUGCACAGAAGGACCUUAUUCUUUCCUUGCUGACGCCUGAGGAGCGGCAGAGUGGGCUGCAGGUUGCGUCGGUGGACAGCUUUCAGGGAAAGGAGAAGCGCAUCAUUCUGCUGAGCUGCGUGCGGACCGUGACGAACUCCGGCGCUGCUCUUGGGUUCCUCACACACUGGAAUCGGCUGAACGUUGCGCUGACGCGCGCGCAGGACUUGUGCGUGUGCUUCUGCCAGUGCAGCUGGAUCAAGCGUUUGCGCAGCGGCACGGACACCGCAAGCGUCGCUGCUGCGGCAUGUGAGACGUACACGCUGACCACAAUCGACAGCACGAAGGAAGAGGUGGUGCGACAGCUGGAUGCACAUGAUCUGGAUUCUGGAGCGCUGUGCUCGAUGCUCGCACACGCGGAGGAGCAUGACGUUGUGCGAGUGCGUCCAGUGCGGUGGUCGCCAAGUCAUCUGCCUUGA